UCAUUUAUCGGUAUAUAUAUAUAUAUAUAUAUAUAUAUAUAUAUUAAUAUUUGAAUUUUGUGUUAUACGAAUAAAAUGCAAAAUUUGUUAAGAAAGUUCUGCAACUAAAUCACUCUCUGAACUAUUCAGGAAAAAGUGUGCUAACGGUGUUAAACAAUGUUUUUGUACAGUUGUGGAUUAUUUUUUCUGCAUUAUCUGUGCCAAAUAUAUGCAGUCGAUUUGAACAGUGAUAUUCCUCAGAUAGAAGCAGUGGCUGGCCAUUCUGCAGAAAUUCCAUGUAAUGUGUCCACUCCUUUAGUGGAUGAUGAAGCGUCCCUCGUAUUAUGGUACAGAGUUGAUUUAGCUAAUCCUAUUUAUACCUUGGACGUGAGAAACGUACCGAUAAAUGGUGCUCGACACUUUCCAGCUGCCGAAAUGGAAGACAGGAUCUAUUUUAAUGUAAGCGUUCAUCCCCCCGUCCUGGUCUUCGACCCUGUUCUGGCUACAGAUGAAGCUGAUUAUAAAUGCAGGGUGGACUUGAAGAGGUCUAGGACGUUGAUAUUGCUCAGUAGACUGGACGUUAUAGAGCCACCUGGCGAACCUAUUAUUAUGGACGAACACGGACAACAUCUCCAUGAUGUUAUAGGACCUUACGACGAGGGAAGUACUCUCCGACUCAUAUGUGAAGUUGAUGGAGGUGAUCCUUCUCCUGAAGUCACGUGGUGGCAAGGGUCCUCUUUAGUGGAUGACUCCUUCAAUGUUUCCAAGCAGGGAUUUGUCCGGAACGACAUGAUAUUAGAAGAGAUUCAACGAAGUGACUGGAUGACAGAAUAUACAUGCAAAGCCUCUAACACAAAUGCAACCGAUCCCAAAGAAGCAUCUUUACAGUUAGAUAUGAAUCUUCUACCUUUAGAGAUCAACAUUAUAGUUCCUGAUAUUCCAAUGAAUGCGGGACAUCAACAAGAUAUUACAUGCGAGACCAGAGGUUCCCGACCAAAGGCUAUGACGUCUUGGUGGUUGGAAAACGAAAAAAUCAGAAGCAUCCCUUUAGAAACCCACACAGAGGACGGAAACAUAACUCUUAGUACUUUGCAGUUCACUCCAUUUCCAGAAGACAAUGGAAAGACCUUGAGAUGCAAAUCUGUGAACCCGGUGCUACCCAAAGCUACAUUGGAAACAGAUAUAACCCUUCGAGUUCAAUUUCCACCAAUACUAAAUCUCACCUUGGAACCAUCAACUACGGAAGAUGACAUCAAAGAGGGAUCUGAUAUUUAUCUGGAAUGCAACCUCAGUGCAAACCCACAGAUUCAUAAUGUCACAUGGGAAUUCGAGGGUAGUUUAAUAUCAACAAACAUGGCGCUGGGAAUCAUCAUCUUAAAUCAUACUCUGCUAUUACAGAAAGUCCGAAAGGAUCAUCAAGGCAGAUACCGAUGUCAUUCCUUUAAUUCCAUUGGAAAAGGCUCAAGUAAUAUUCUUCAUCUUCUUGUGAAGUUUGUUCCUGUCUGCAAAUUCGUGGAGCCGGUGUUUUUCGGGAUAUCAACAACGGAAAUGGUCAACUUAACUUGUGAGGUUGAUGCGAACCCAAGUGAGCUUCAGUAUUUUUGGUCCUUUACCAAUUCCACAGGAACAGAAAAUUUCACGAACGCAGAUACGGAAAGUAACAAUUCGUCAUUUCUGCUUUAUGUGCCCGGAAGCGAAGAUGGAUACGGCACUUUUACAUGUUGGGCGAGAAAUAGCAUCGGGCUUCAGAAGAAUGUGUGUGUUUUCAAGGUCGUACCAGCUGGGCCACCCGAACCAAUCCAUGAUUGUGUAAUAGCUAAUCGAACCUCUCAAUCGUUGUCUGUCGAAUGCAAACCUGGCUAUAACGGCAGCCUAACGCAGAUUUUCCACAUGGAAAUUUAUAAUUCAGUGGCAGAAUAUAUGGCUGACAAUGUGACGAACACCGACAAGCCUAGAUUCAAAGUCACCGAUCUGUCUCCCAGCACAUCCUAUGUCCUCGUUAUUUAUUCUUCGAAUGCUAAGGGCCGCAGUAAGUCAGUGGCCCUGGUAGCUGCCACACUCUCGCCUGCAAAAAGACGAACAGUUAGAGAAGUAUCUGGGACCUUGAAUCCAGUUCUAGGUGUCUUCAUUGGUGCAAUUGUGGUUGUUGUUAUUAUUGUUGUGAUUGUUAUAACCAUCAUCAAAACCCGCCGGUCUAGAAAUAGUUAUCAAAAAGAUACAUCAAUUACAGAUGGAAAAUUCGAAUGCGAAAUGGAGAAGAAAGAAUUGGAAGAAAGCCAAGAUGCUAGUGGAAAAGGUCCCGACAUCAUCCCCUUGCCUAAAGACCCAGAAGUUUUCCACCUUGAAGGGUUUCUUGAAGAUGUUCAUCGCACCGACUGUCUGCAGAAACAAGAUUCUCCUCCAACUGAAUAUAUUCGACUAAAAUACAUGCACACAGUUUUAUAGCGAACCGCAAGCGCAAAAAUACCGUUUUAUAUAUUUUGUUUACCAUAAGUGCCAUUCAUCACAUGCAUUCAAGUUCAGUAAAUGGUUUAAGCACUUUUUCAUAGGAUAUGUGAAAAAUCACAAAAAAAAAUGAGGGAAAUCACGUCGAAUUCUGACUGAAGAUCGACGGGGAAAAUGUAUCAGUGCCUUAUGUUUGAAAACAC